AUGAGAAUAUGUAUUGAGUCAUGUGAUGGAUUAUAUAGGUAUGAAGAUAAUGCUUUUCUGUGUGCAACUAAAUGCGAAUUUAAUUAUUUGGUAGAUGAGGAAAAAUUAUUAUGUAAAAAGUGCAAAGUUGAUAAUUGCGAAAUCUGUAGUAAGUAUUAAAAAAAUGUUUGUAUAAAAUGCUCUGAUAGUUAUCAUUCUUUAGAAGGAAGAUGUGUCUAUAAAUGUUAAAACUAGGCUAUUGUUAAUAAUGAAAAUGAUUGUGAUUAAAAUUUAACUAUUGGAAGAUGUAUUUAAUAAAAUUAAGAGCAAUGUAUAAAAUGUGUUUCUAAUUCAAUAUUUUAUUAAGAACUUAAAGAAUGCCUUUGCAUAGAUUUCUACUAGUUUAUACCUUCUUUAAAUAUGUGUAAAAAAAAUUGUGAUGACAAUUGUUAAAUUUGUUCUAAAAUUAAUGCAAUAUGUUUGAAAUGUAAACCCGACAAAUAUUUAUUAACUUAUUAAUAUUAUGGAAGUAACUAGUGUUUUGAUAAGUGCCCUAUAGGAUAUUAUCCAUAAAUAAAAGGAGGCGAUGCAAAAUUUAAAUACUGUGAAGUAUGUCCUAGUAACUGCUUUUCUUGCGAAAAUUCAUUUAGUUGCACUGAAUUGCUGUUAGAUAAAAAAUUGCUCUAAAUGUUAGUAGCAUGUCAGUAUUUGUGA